CUUUCAAGAGCUAACUUGGGCGCAUAGUAGCAUCCAGCCUUCAAUAUCCACUGCAUAAAAUACACUCCGCAAUUACAUCAUCUCCACUCCCCCCACCACACCACUGUGUACUAAAAUUCAAUAUUUUUAACUUCCCAAAAAAAAAAAAAAAAAAAAAAAAAAAAAAUUCAAUAUUUUUGCUUUAUCUGAAUUGAUAUAUUCAUAUCCAUAUAUAUAAUUUUAUACACAGAGAGAGACUCAUAGUCUACUUCCCAUCCGCCGCCAUUCUUUGGUUUGGCCUGAAAAUGGACGCAGCUCAAGAAGCCCACAACAGGGAAGCUUUCCGUCAAGCCGUGGUCAACACCCUCGAACGCCGUCUCUUCUACAUACCCUCUUUCAAGAUCUAUCGCGGCGUCGCUGGUCUCUACGAUUACGGCCCUCCCGGUUGCGCCGUCAAGUCCAAUGUCCUCGCUUUCUGGCGUCAGCAUUUUGUUCUGGAAGAGAACAUGUUGGAAGUUGAUUGCCCGUGUGUGACACCGGAGAUUGUGCUGAAGGCAUCAGGUCAUGUUGAUAAGUUCACUGACCUCAUGGUUAAGGAUGAAAAGACCGGUACAUGUUACCGUGCUGAUCAUUUGCUAAAAGACUUUUGCAAAGAGAAGCUUGAGAGGGAUCCAAAUCUUCCCGCAGAGAAGGCUGCAGAGUUCAGACAUAUUCUUGCUGUGUUGGAUGAUCUUUCUCCUGAAGAACUGGGUGCAAAGAUUAAGGAAUAUGGCAUUACUGCUCCAGAUACAAAGAACCCUCUUUCUGCCCCCUAUCCUUUUAAUUUGAUGUUUCAAACCUCAAUAGGCCCAUCUGGUUUGAGCCCUGGGUAUAUGCGUCCCGAGACAGCACAAGGAAUUUUUGUGAACUUUAAGGACUUGUACUACUACAACGGCAACAAGCUCCCUUUUGCUGCUGCUCAGAUUGGUCAAGCUUUUAGGAAUGAGAUAUCUCCACGUCAGGGUCUCCUAAGAGUACGUGAAUUCACACUGGCUGAAAUAGAACAUUUUGUGGAUCCUGAUGACAAGUCACACCCAAAAUUUUCUGAAGUUGCAAACUUGGAGUUUUUGAUGUUCCCAAGGGAAGACCAGGUGUCUGGACGGCAAGCAAGAAGAAUAGCAAUUGGUCAUGCAGUUUCUGAGGCCAUUGUCAACAAUGAAACACUGGGCUAUUUCAUAGGGAGAGUGUAUCUGUUCUUGACAUGUCUUGGUAUAGACAAAGAACGCUUGCGGUUCCGGCAGCAUCUGUCAAAUGAGAUGGCACACUAUGCUGCAGACUGUUGGGAUGCAGAGAUUGAAUGCUCUCAUGGCUGGAUUGAAUGUGUUGGUAUCGCAGAUAGAUCUGCAUAUGACUUGCGUGCUCACACGGAUAAAAGUGGUGUUGCCCUUGUUGCACAUGAAAAAUUUGCAGAGCCUAGAGAAGUGGAGAAACUUGUUAUUACUCCAGUGAAGAAGGAGUUGGGCCUUGCAUUUAAGGGUAACCAGAAGAUGGUGGUUGAAGCAUUAGAGGCUAUGGGGGAAAAAGAAGCCAUGGAAAUGAAAGCCACUCUGGAAACCAAAGGAGAGACAGAGUUCCAAGUUUGCACUCUCGGGAAAGCUGUCACUAUCAAAAAGAAUAUGGUGAUGAUCUCUAAGGAAAAAAAGAAGGAACAUCAGAGGGUCUUCACACCAUCAGUGAUUGAACCAUCUUUUGGUAUUGGAAGAAUAAUCUACUGUCUCUUUGAGCAUACCUUCUAUACUAGGUCUAGUAAAGGUGGCGAUGAACAAUUGAAUGUUUUCCGCUUCCCUUCACUUGUGGCGCCUAUCAAAUGCACUGUAUUCCCAUUGGUUCAAAAUCAAAAGUACGAGGAAGUUGCCAAACAAAUUGCCAAAUCAUUGACUGCCGCAGGGAUCUCAUAUAAGAUUGACAUAACAGGCACAUCAAUAGGGAAGAGAUAUGCAAGAACAGAUGAACUUGGGGUUCCCCUUGCCAUUACAGUGGAUUCAACAUCCUCAGUGACAAUCCGGGAGAGGGACAGCAAACAACAGAUUCGUGUUAGUAUAGAGGAGGUGGCAUCUGUAGUUAAGGAGGUGACUGAUGGUCUGAGCACAUGGGGUGAUGUGCAGUGGAAAUACCCGACUCAUUCAUCAGUGUCUGCUGAUGAUUGAACUUGAUAGAUAAAAACUCAUCUUAUUAGCAUAGAAGAUAUUUGAUUUUGUCAAAUUGGCUUUUGUUAUACAUCAGUGACCUAAAAUGUAUUAUCAUCUAGACCAAGUGAAUGUCUUAUGUCACACAAUACAAAAUGCUGGCUCCUUUGAGAUUCAA